CCUGUGACUUGCGCUCGACAUUUGCUCAUCCUUGGACGAGGUGUAGUGCACGCCGGGCUGAACGACUUACUGAAAAUGAGUGAAGCUCUGCGUGUGGUGGUGACCGGAGCCGCGGGUCAAAUCGGCUACUCUCUCCUCUACUCUGUGGCCAAAGGAGAUGUGUUUGGAGCUAAUCAGCCGAUUGAGUUGUUGUUGCUGGACAUUCAGCCCAUGCUGAGCGUGCUGGAGGGCGUGGUGAUGGAGCUCCAGGAUUGUGCCCUACCCUUGCUUAGAGAGGUUGUGGCCACAGCAGACCCAAUGGUGGGAUUUAAGGAUGUUGAUGUGGCCAUCCUGGUGGGUGCCAUGCCGCGUAAGGAAGGCAUGGAGAGAAAGGAUCUACUGGCAGCCAAUGUUAGGAUUUUCAUGACUCAAGGACAGGCCAUUGACAAGGUGGCCAAGAAAACGGUCAAGGUUGUUGUUGUUGGAAACCCAGCUAAUACCAACGCUUUAGUCACUAGGAAGUAUGCUCCGUCUAUACCACCGCAGAACUUCACCUGCUUGACCCGCCUGGAUCAGAACAGAGCUCAGGCUCAGAUUUCUUCGCGACUGGGAGUGUCACAUGACAAAGUGAGGAACUGUAUUAUAUGGGGAAACCACUCCUCCACCCAGUUCCCAGAUGUUCGCCACGCUAUAGUCAACAUAGAUGGGAAGGACAUCCCAGUGCCUGAAGCUGUCAAAGACGACAGCUGGCUCAAAAACGAAUUUAUCAAGACUGUUCAGCAAAGAGGAGGUGCUGUGAUCAAGGCACGCAAGCUCUCCAGUGCCAUGUCUGCUGCCAAGGCCAUUUGUGACCAUAUGAGGGAUUGGUGGUUUGGGACAAAGGGGAAUGACUGGGUGUCUAUGGGAGUGCCCAGUGACGGGAACCCUUACGGAAUUCCUGAUGGGCUUGUUUACAGUUUCCCUGUCCGUGUCAAGCCUGACCACUCAUACGAAAUCGUGUCUGGUCUGCCAAUAGAUGACUUCUCCCGUGAGAAAAUGGACGCCACCGCUAAAGAAUUGCAAGAGGAGAGAGAUAUGGCGUUUGCUGCAUGCGAAGCAUGACUAACUCCUCCUGCAAAUCUUUGAUCUCUACUGUAGCCUGUGGGUUUGUCAGUGGGUACAGUGAGAAGAGAGGGGAAAACCAGUGCUUAGUCAGAUAGGGAUUCUGUAUUACAAUUGUUCUAGACAUUAUGGCGGGCAGUGCUCUUAUGAUGUGCAUGUGUGUUAAUUACAGUUUUUCGGCGUUGUGUUUGUAUUCUGUUGUCUCUGGGAAGGAGUAGAUGUUGGAUGUGAGGAAGCUCUGACAUGAUAACGGUACCAAAUCGGUCAUUAAUAUGAAAAAUGUCCAAUUUAUAUUUCGAAGAAUGAAUUACUAAUGAAGCCCUGCAAAAAAUAAAUAUGGAUUUAUGUGUCAAUACACUUUAUUAAUCGGAUAAAGUCUUUUCUGUCCUCUUUACUGCAAAAGAGUAAGAGAGAAAUUUAGUACACCAGGAUGAGUUAUGCUGCAUAACAUAUGAGAAGGAUGUGCUGACAUUCAUCUUUUAUGAUAACUGAUAUGAACCAGUCGGCUUCAGUGUCAUCAAAACAUAGUGAAGACUUCAGUUGUUACUGAAUGGUACUUUACAGCAUUUUAUUACAGAUACCCUCUCAGAGUGGCAUUCGCCUUGAUAUGGCUUCCAGAUUGCCUAAGUGGCGUUAAGCCAGAACAUUCCUUCAUAGUUGAAUAGCCUAUGGUGCAUAAUACUGAAUGAGAUAGAGAUUGGAGUAUAAAUCUGCAUUUAACUACACACACAUGUACAUCAGAGUGCAGGAGUUACCAGCAGCACUCAAAAGUUUGAGCAUAAAGGUGUCUUGAUAAGUAAAACUUUGAAUAAUUUUAACUCGGUGGGUAAAAUAGUGUAAAUUUUAGUAAUCCUGUUUAGCAAGAAAGUGUGUCGAAAUGUAUUUAGUGAGGCUUCCCAUUUAUUCCUGAUCAAGCUCAUGCGUUUAUGAUUUACUUCCUACAUAUAUGGGAUCAUACCUAUUUAGAUUGUACUUUAAAAUAAGAUACGAUGAAGUCAUCAAUUACAGUGCUAUUUGUGAUUUUUUUGUCUCGGUUUUGAUCAUGUAACUACGCAUUUACAGACGAAAUAAAUGUUGAUGUUAUCUGUGUGACUUCUAAUCAGAAUACAGUAGGUAUUGGAU